UUGUAACUGAUGACUACUAAGCAGUGGAAACAGUUAUAAGUGUUGAGUAUAUUAAUGGUGUUGUGAUUGGAAAGCAUUUUAUCACUUAUUUUAUAUGAAUUCAAAUCAAUUGAAUUGCCACAAGUGGUAGAAAUGUCUACUUUUAUCGUAUGGGUUAUCAGCCAAAUAAGAUGACUGUGUUUGGGUGUAAUGAUAGGCAUAUGUGUCAUGGGGCCAGUAGUCAGUAUGUUUACGGAAAGCCCGUAAGGUAUCCGCAGAUGUUUUCGGAAACGGAUUAUGGUUUCAGUUUAGAUGUCAUGAAAAUGUGGACCAAUUUCGCUAAAAAUAUUAAACUCCGCGAGGAAUGGCCACUGUUUUUGACUAAUAAACCAAAUGUAGUGCCAAAAGUGGAAGACCUGAAUCCCAAUCCCAAUAUUCUAAUACAAUAA